AUGCUGAAAUCGUUUCUCAACCAGAAUUUCACCUCGAUUGACGAUCUGGCGUCUGUUGAUCAGGUUAUAAAACACAUAGAGGAUGGCAGGCUACGGUUGAAAGAGCAGACAAACCCCGAAGGCGGGCAAAGCAGAUGGGCCCUAGCCGGGUCACUGAUCCAACAACUUGAAUCUAUUGUUGACCAAGACGACAUCGCGGCUAUUGACGUUCUUAUUCAGAAAUACGGGAAAAUCGAGCUGUUGACGAGUGCCAAACAAGAAUUGAGCAAAAAGCUAGUUCUAAAAAAUAUAAAGACGCUCUACGAUAGGUAUCUUGAUCUCACCGAUAAAUUGAACGACUUUGAGCUUUUGGAGCUACCAAAGCUGGAAGUGGACGACGCAAUUGGCCGUCUGGAGAAACUGCGCAUGGAAGUGAAAGCUUACGAGGAGACAGAGACUGACGGUCCGAGCGUGGCCGCAAGUCACACCGAGUAUAUCGAUCUUCUCCGCGCAAAGUUUCAGUCUGUUGUUGGAGGCGAGUUGAGAGAAAGGCUGGCAUCUGAGUUUGAGGCUCUCAUACGCGACUGGGAUAACGAACAGAAGACAAAGACAAACGACAUUGCUUCCAUGAGGAAGACUUUUGGACAGCUUGCUCGCUUGCAGUCCAUCUGCAAUUUGAGAGACCAGACGGACGCUUUCUGGGCACUCGAUUGUUUGGCUUCCAACUUCAAGGUGAAGUUUGUGUACCAUUUUGAAGGCUCGAGUGAAACCAAUAGGCUUAACAAGCCGGAAUAUGCCCUGAAUUACCUACAAGCUUAUUUGAAGAGGAGUGUACCAGCGGUGGAGAAACUUUUCGGUAGCACGUUCAGACGAUAUUUCCCCAACAAGAGCAUAAAGAAGAACUUUAUCAUCUCCCUGCUUAAGCCAGUGAAGGAAAAGUUUGAUCGGGAAAUGGGCGCAGUCAGUAAGCAUGAAGGUCUACUCAGUCACUUGAUUUUGGAGUUACAAAAAUUCGACCAGAACCUGAGUAAAACAUACAACUUCACGCCUGCAGAACCAGAAUAUACGCGUUUGCUGACCUCAUCCCUCAUUCUAUCAAAUGAAGAUGUGUUCAAUCUGUGGCUCAACAACGAGAAGAACUUUGUGAAUCACAGAUACGAGGAGAUUAUCAGCAAAAAGGACGCGUUUACAAUUGAUAAGGAUUUCGUGGAGAACGGCAAGACGAAGCCUACUAGGUCGGCAAUCAAUCUGAAAAGCUUGCUGGAGGGCAUUAGCAAUAACUAUGCGAUGCUACCGACGAAGUUCCAGGUGAAGUUUUUGAGCGAAGUGCAGCUGAGAUUGCUGAAUCUCUACUUUGCCAAUUUGAAGCAAGGAUUCAACGCUUUGGACACCAUAAUCCACGGCAAAAUCAACGACGAAGUGUCUGUUCUGGAGCGCAUCUGCAGAAUCUGGUGCUCGUCCAAGUACAUCAUCGAGACAAUGGCCACUUGGGGAGAAUCAAUUGUUUUUCUUGAGCUGUGGAGCUCAAUCAAUGGCAACUCUCGACUCGAAACAACGUUUUUUGACUCUGUUAUCAAGGGGUACAACAAGGAACUGAUGAUGCAGCUUCCGCGCAAGAUCCACGCCUACUUCGAGCGGGAGCUGAACAAGACGAUGAAGUCGUACUUCAUAAGCCACAGUUCGUGGGCCACGAUGUCCGAGAACGAGCCAGGGCCUUCUCGCGAGCUCGAUGUGGCUCUUGCUGCCCUAAAGAACGACUUGACAUAUCUGCGCACAGUGGUGUCCUACAGCGAUUUUCUCAAGAUCCAGCUUAUUCUCUCGGACGCAAUAACGAGCUACUUUGAGAGAAACGUCAUCUAUUGCAACAAGUUCAGUGUGGGUGGUGCUUUGCAGCUGGAAGCAGACUACAACGAGUUCUACCAAUCACUUGGACUGCUACGCGACAAUGCGCAUUUUGGCAAAACUCAGGAGAUCAUCUCCGUCCUCAAGUGCAACAGCGUAUCUGAAGCCUAUUCGUUGCCCUUCAGCUGGCUCAAGCAGUACCAGGUCAAUGAGCUAGUGUCGCGCAAAAACCUAUAA